AUGACUGGCCUAAGUGGGAAGGAAAAUCAUGAAAAUAUAACUGAUGAUGAAAAGACUUUGGUAAAAGAAACACAAGUCAAGAGUUUCAUCAAGAAGAGCAAAGCCAGACAAGAAAUUGACUGGCCUCAGUGGGAAGCUCUUGAACUAGUAGGACCAAACUAUCGCUCAUUUGUUACAGUAUUAACAUGCACUUUCUACACUAUAGGCUUAUGUAUGUUGGCUGGAGUAACAUACUUUGUACAAGAGUGGCGAACAUUAGCUCUUGUUACCAGUGCCCCAUUUUCUUCAUAUUUCUUCUACUGGUGGUAUCUACCAGAGUCUCCACGAUGGCUACUAGCCCAAGGAAAAUAUCAAGAAGCUCAUAAGAUUCUUACUUGCUUAGCACGUAUAAAUGGUACUCAAAUGCCGCAAAAAUUUAGUGAAACUAUUCGUCAUCACAUUAAUUGUCAAAGUUCUCACAUCGUUGAAGAUACAACAACAAAUCAAAGUAUAAUAGCUUUAUUUAAAACACCUAAUAUGCGACUGAAAACUUGUCUUAUAACACUUAAUUGGGUCUCCUUGACACAUAAUCAGUUACAAGAAGUUGCCAGAAUCUUUUUAAGAUUUUGA